AGCGAGAGGGGAGGGCUCGACAGCGAGGCGAGCCGAGAAGAGGACGAGAAGAGCGGGCGGGCGGCUCUGCGGAGGUCUGGAGUUGCACUGUCUCCUCGCCUCCUCUCGCAGGACGUUUCCCUUCCCGAGCCGGUUAGCGGGCACCACCGGAGGCACGCUGCUGCCAGCCGGGGAGGCGGGCUGCUCCGCUGCGGGCAGACGGGUAGGGGGUUUCCAGCUUGCCCGCCCCGUGCAUACAGGCACCCGCACCCCCCCCACAUUUAUGUGCGUGUGGGUGCGUUUUCGGCUGCGCUGGAAGUAGCGCUCGGUAGACGGCGAGGAAGUCUCGGCAGCCUCCUCCGUCGGCCGCGCUGUCAGGAAUAGCGGCGUGAGAGGAAGAAAAGGCCCUGGGGCACUAUACCCUGCCAACGAGUUCCCUGCACCAGCCAGAAGGACUCCAGCUACAUGGGCAAACGCCUGGACCAGCAGCCAAUGUACCCCCAGUACACCUAUUACUACCCCCACUAUCUCCAAACCAAGCAGUCCUAUGCACCAGCUCCCCACCCCAUGGCUCCUCCCAGCCCCAGCACAAACAGCAGCAACAACAGCAGCAACAACAGCAGCGGAGAGCAGUUGAGUAAAACCAACCUGUACAUUCGAGGCCUUCCACCCGGCACCACUGACCAGGACCUUAUCAAGCUGUGCCAGCCGUACGGGAAAAUUGUAUCCACAAAGGCAAUUCUUGACAAAAACACAAAUCAGUGCAAAGGUUAUGGGUUUGUAGAUUUUGACAGUCCAGCAGCAGCACAGAAAGCAGUGGCAUCUCUCAAAGCAAAUGGCGUGCAGGCACAGAUGGCAAAGCAACAAGAGCAAGAUCCCACAAAUCUAUACAUCUCAAAUUUACCUGUUUCCAUGGAUGAGCAGGAACUGGAGAAUAUGCUGAAACCUUUUGGACAUGUCAUUUCCACCAGAAUAUUAAGAGAUGCUAAUGGAGUCAGCAGAGGAGUUGGCUUUGCCAGAAUGGAGUCUACGGAAAAAUGUGAAGUAGUAAUUCAACAUUUCAAUGGCAAAUACCUGAAAACCCCACCCGGUCUGCCAGCCCCCACUGAGCCUUUGCUGUGCAAAUUUGCUGAUGGAGGGCAAAAGAAGCGCCAGAAUCAAAGCAAAUACACACAGAAUGGAAGGCCGUGGCCUAGAGAAGGAGAGGCCGGCAUGGCUUUGACUUAUGAUCCAACAGCUGCUAUACAGAAUGGAUUUUAUUCCUCACCGUACAGUAUUCCAACAAACCGCAUGAUUCCACAGACAUCAAUCACGCCAUUCAUUGCUGCUUCCCCUGUCUCCACAUAUCAGGUCCAGAGUACUUCAUGGAUGCCUCAUCCACCAUAUGUUAUGCAACCAACAGGUGCUGUGAUAACACCAACAAUGGACCACACUAUGUCAAUGCAGCCAGCAAGCAUGAUGGGCCCCCUGACCCAGCAAAUGAACCACCUUUCCUUGGGCACAACAGGAACGUACAUGACUGCUGCUGCACCUAUGCAAGGGACCUACAUUCCCCAGUACACUCCUGUGCCUCCAACAGCUGUCCCUAUUGAAGGUGUUGUUGCUGAUACUUCUCCACAGACGGUAGCAUCUUCAUCACAGGAAGCCAGUGGUCAACAGCAACAGAUGACAGUGGAAACAUCCAAUGAACAUGCACCUGCAUAUUCUUACCAACAGUCUAAACAAUAAACAAGACUGAAGAAUGUCGGUCUGAAAUCUUUGCCUUGAAUGGAGAAACUUCGCUGAACAAGAAGUUGGCUUCCAAUUUGCACAGGCGUCAAAUGAAUGCUUUUGGGUUUAUUUUCCCUUUU